GGGCUUUGUGACGAUCCCUGCGUUUUAUCUUGCAUUUAACACAGCAGGGGUGUAUGUGGGAACAAGUCAGAGGUGCAUUGUUGCAGAAAUGGAGGUAAUUCGCAGGCGAUCCUGAAACAAAAAACAACACAAAUCAAAUGCAACCCUUUUCGUACCUCUGGGAUUACUGCUGUGUAAUUGUACUCCAAAUGCGCCCUGGUCGUCGGUUAAUGUCUCCUGUUUUACACUAAUUCAUCCCUGCCGAGGAUUCCCACAGCUCGAUGUUUUACAUACAUCCAUAUUCCUAACGCCAAGGCGCCACCGCUCUGCGUUUUUUAUUUUAUUUUAGUUUUGUGAAUUGUACAAUCGUUUGGAAUUAUUCUGUGCUUUUUUUUUAUUUUUAUGUAUUUUUGUGUUUAUUUUCACGUAAUAAUAUCAUAAGAAGAAUGUCCGGGAAACACCACCAUUACAAAGGACCCGAAGUGAGCUGCUGUGUGAAAUAUUUCCUUUUUGGCUUCAACAUUAUUUUUUGGUUGCUGGGUGCUUCGUUCUUGGCUAUCGGUCUCUGGGCCUGGGCUGAAAAGGGAGUGCUGUCGAACAUCUCUUCGAUCACGGACCUGGGCGGCUUCGAUCCCGUCUGGUUGUUUAUGGUGGUCGGGGCUGUGAUGUUCAUCCUAGGCUUCGCUGGCUGUAUCGGAGCGCUCCGAGAAAACACACACCUCCUCAAAUUUUUCUCUGUGUUUUUAGGGCUGAUCUUUUUCCUAGAGCUCACGGCAGGGAUCUUGGCCUUUGUGUUCAAAGACUGGAUCAAAGAUCAGCUCAAUUUCUUCAUCAAUAACAAUGUCAAGGCGUAUCGGGACGACAUCGAUCUGCAGAACCUUAUAGACUUCGCCCAAGAAUAUUGGUCAUGCUGUGGAGCACAUGGUCCGAAUGACUGGAACCUGAAUAUCUACUUUAACUGCACGGACAUGAACCCGAGUCGAGAGCGAUGCGGAGUCCCCUUCUCCUGCUGCGUCAAGGACCCUGCGGAGGAUGUACUUAAUACACAAUGUGGCUAUGACGUGAGGCUCAAAAUGGAACUGGACCAGCAAAGCUUCAUUUACACCAAGGGAUGUGUAGGACAAUUUGAAAAAUGGCUCCAGGAUAAUUUAAUAGUUGUAGCUGGUAUUUUUGUUGGAGUUGCACUACUACAGAUAUUUGGAAUCUGUCUGGCACAGAACCUCGUUAGUGAUAUAAAAGCGGUGAAGGCAAACUGGUGACGCCAGGUUCAGGAGACUGCAGAGACGAGAACCAGUCUCCCUAAGACGGCUGCGAGCUGAACUAGAGCAUGGAGACCGGGUUGCAGCAGGGGGACCUUGCCAAGGUGGACACAUGUGGAUCAUUUCAUUAGAUGACUCGAGACGUAUUUGAUUUCUCUUUUUUUUUUUUUUCUAAAUUGAUUUACAGAAGAGUAUGUCGUGGUUUUGCACGUGCUCCCUGCGAGAAUGGUUUGAAGCUGGAGCUCAUUGGGAGUUGACUGGACUGCCUUUACCACUCGAAACGUUGGAUCAGAGAUUGUCUCCCCUGACCAGUGGGGCUCUCCUAAUUCAAUCCGGAGUCCUCCCGGCCCUGUCUUCUGGGUCAAAUUUCACAACCUCCCUUCCUGAAAUUAAAAGGCUGACAUUACAUGUAUAGGUUAGCCUGUUUUUCGUGUUAUGUUUUUAAUUUCAUGGCGGUUUUGUGCCCUCUGUGGUUCUCAUGUUUCCUUCAGAGAUAACCCACCUGUGACGGCAGGCUGCCCCACAUUAUUUAACAGCUGUGAUCUUUACUCUCGUACUGGAAUACUGGGAGAAAUCACUCUGAAACGGAUUGCCUCUGUAGAGGAGUUUGGAUCAGACCAUUAAUUUUUGUUGUUAAUAUUUUGGUGCAAAAAAAAGAAUGAUGAUAAAAUCUGUGAUAUCUAUUACAGUACCUCUCUCUUAACUAGUCCAGCACAGAUUUUUCUGUUUUUAAAUGUCAUUUAUUAAGACAGUUUGGGGUUGACGUGAUUGUUGUCCCUGGACACUUAUUUUACACAUCCCUGCCUACUACAACAGAGACCCCCACCCCAGUUACUGGCACAUGGGUGCUCACAAUUAUAACGCACAAACUGAACUGACUCAGAGGGGCACAUUUGAAAGAGAUUUCUUUUCUAGGUAAGCGCUCUUGAGAUUUGUGCAAGAGCAGGUUUUUUGUACUGACACUGCCACAAAUAGGAUUUUAUUACUGUCUGGUCCUUUUGUCAUGCAUGGCGCAUUUAUAAAAAAUAAAAGUCCUUUCCAUAAUUCCCUACAUGUCAGACUGUGGUUGGGACUCAGUCCCACAUUGCUCUGUGCGUGUCUCGAGCACUGGAGUAUCUCUGGUUUAGAUUCUUGCCACUACUUGAGCUUGGCACUGGGCACAGCACUUCCGAGUGUUCAGACGCUGCAGUCAAUUAUUAAUCUCUUAAACUGGUAACUUUAACCAACUGAUGCACAGAUACAGUAGAGACUAGUGGGACUCUUUUUCACCCUUCCAUCUCCAUCAAUACCAACUUUAGUAACAGUAUUCAGAUAUUUGCUCUUUUAAAUAUCUUGUGUGACUGUGCUGUGGUGGAAUCAUGACUAGCUCAUCCUGUGGUGUGUGUGUGUGUGUGUGUGUGUGUGUGUGUAGGUGUUUUUUUGUCCCAUCAUCACUCUUUCAGUGCCCUGUUUCAGGAUGUUGUGGACCCAAGCCCCCUCAACAGCAUUGCUGUACCUGCUGAACUGGCUUAAUCAUGUCGAGUCAAGCUUCCAUGAUAACGAUUAUAAAACAGAUAAUAAGAUCAACAAGCUCUUAUUGUUGAUUUCUAUCAUACAGUAGCCAUAGCCAUGCCACCCCAGUGUCUAUUGUAACUGGAAGGCUGUGAAGCUCUGCACAUCUUGGCUCUUCCUGACCUAAGAAAGCUGAUUUCUAUGCAUUAUGCCUUUGUCUUAUGAGAAUAAGAGGUGUCCACCUCCACGGCCAAUCAGUCCUUGAAAACCUUCCCAUGUUUCCAACCCAUUGGUGGCUUUGUGGGGAUGAGGCUCUCAAAACCAGAGAGACCAUCACAUUUUGAGGAGGAAUGGUUACACUAUAGUGCUCUCUGAUACUGGAUGCGGUAUAACUCUAUAAAUCAAGUAAAGAAGCAGAUAAGGGAGUUCAGGAUGGUUUUCACUUGAGGUUUCAGUACUGUUGUGCAUGAGCUAGGCACACCCGUCCUAUUACAGUGGUCCUGGAUAUUCAAAGUUCUGUGUUGAUUGUAAUCUCAAUAAACCAACCAGCCCACAUCUCAAACACUGUCAUUUCAGCAUGUCUAUGUAACACUACCUCGGUUCAAGAGAUGUCUUGUACAACACUUCAUUAUAUUAUGUGUGUAAUAUUAAGUCAACACAAGCCCAGUAUUCAAACACAAACUGUAGUUUAAUACUGUGUUAAUACUAAGCUAGUUCUCCUAGUCAAUAUUUCUGUAUAUUGUGGUACCAUUUUUAUUUAAUUUUUUUGUGAAUAUUGGAUUAAUUCCGUUGGUUAUGAAUCACUUUCAAUACCGGCCCACCACUAGGUGGUAGCCUUCAGUUAAGUUGGGUUAAUGGUUGUGUUGGUAUUGUAUCUGAGCAGAAUGGAUAAAAGAAUCCAAUUGCAUAGCAGUUUGAUCCGUUUAAUGAUGUGUUGAUAGUUUAUAUCACACUUGGAUUAAGGCGAAGCAGUUUAAUUAAGCUAAACUGACAAAACAAUUGUUCAGAUGGUCACACAAAGGAAUGUUUACUUCCAUCCUUCCUUCUUGGACAUGUUUUCUGUCCCCGUCUAGUCUGAUCACACCACUCUUUCUUGCGGUCUCUUGCUUCCAUUGCAGCUGACAGCGGGCUCCCAGGUUGGCAGGAUAGCUGUUAUUGGUUAGGGAUGGGCAUUGCCAAAAAAAAAAAGACGACUGCCAUAUGUAAAGAUUUCCUAUUCUCGUGCUGUGCCACCAAAUUGCAAUGCUGCGCUGCUCUGUUAGAAUCCUCUCCUGUUUCUUUUUACUUUAAAUAUUGAAGAAAGAACUUCUUUACAGUGGAGGAAUCGGUAACAUCAGUGUGUUUCAAAUGCAGAGCUGCAACCCACAUCACCCUCCCCAUCUCCCAGUAAUAAACCUUAUGUAGUCGUGAUAAAUGGAUGCAGUAGUGUGAAAGGGGUCAUUAUCGCACUGUCAUCAAUAUUACAGAAGGGAAUGUCUUACCAAAUCACUUAGUCUUACCACAUUACCAAGACCCCUACAUGACAAGGUGUUCAUGCGGUAUGCCUCCAAGCUUGCUCUCUGAUCAUUUCACUUUAUGAAAGAAGUUGUGUCUGAUUCACUGAAGAGGUUAAAGCUAUUGAAACCUCAGGGGUCAUUAUCAUAUCUCUCUUCUUUUUAAAUAGUGUCCCUCUUUACUUUGUUAUCUGACUUUUGCACGUGAGCAAACCGUGAGUUACAGAUCAUGUUAAAUUUGUGAAGGAUACUUGUACAGUACAAUAUAGUACUGUUACAAUUUCCAACCCUGCCUAGCCCCUGGAUUUAUGACAUCGUCAAAUAGAGCACCUUUUAGGACCUGGAUGGAAUACAAACUUGCUGUAUUUACAGUACUAGAUGAAUAGAGUAGUUAGAAUUAAACUGAGUAACAUUAACUAAAUAAAGCAUAAUGUUCUUGUGAAUUAUGAAUGGAGGGGGUAGCUUUAUUAUACAACCACUUUCUAUGCACUAGUAUGUGUUUUGUGUCUUUUUAAAGCAAAGCUAUUGAAUGAAAGUUUCUGAAUAUUUAAGCAUUCCUAUGUCGAAAGGGUAAAUGCUAUAGCAACUAGUGAGGCAGACCAAAUGACAUUACAAGCCACAAGUUUUAAAAAAAAAAAAGCUUUACCAUAUAUCACUGACUCAUCAGCCAUUCAAAAAAAAUAGGAUUCUAUAAAAAAAAUAUUGGAGUGUGUUGAAUUGCUUUAAUAGCGCAACAGUAAAGACAAGCUAAAAUGUUAUGUGGAAUGAAAUGGGACAUUGUUUUCGAUUAGGAUUCCUGUAACUUGGUACACAUUCAGUAGUAAUUUAUUGUUUUUUGUUUAUUUAUAUAGCAGGUGUCUUUAUCCAAGGUGACUUACAAAGACUAGGGUGUGUGAACUAUGCAUCAGCUACAGAGUCUGUUACAACAACGUCUCACCUGAAAGAUGGAGCACAAGGAGGUUAAGUGACUUGCUCAGGGUCACACAGUGAGUCAGUGAGUGAGCUGGGAUUUGAACAGGGGACCUCCUGGUUACAACCACUGUUCACAGUAAUACAUGAACAGUGGUUUCUUUGAAGGAAAUGUGCAGUGCUGGUUACUAAGCAUGCCUUACUGGAAAAGCUUGGGAUUCUGUUUUCCAGAUUAGGUAUUUAUUUAUUUUUGUCUUUUUUUUCUGUGUUAUCGUGCAGUUUGUGAUCACACUUAACAUGCGGUUCGGAUUGCCUUACACAUGCUGCUCCUUUCUCUGGCAUGGGCUCUAACUCUUGUGCUCAGUGUCAAAGAUCAAACAACCCUGUUCAGUUGGUCACAAAGGCAGUCCAGUUGCAGAGUCCAUGAUAAUCUGAAAUUCAAUGAAACGUUGCUGAUGUCAGAAAUGAAGCAUUACUUUUUAAAAGGGCUUGCCGUACUUGUCCACCCGCUGUACUGUGCUUGUAUGUAAAUGAUUAUAUAAAACUACCGACGCCAUGAUUAAGAAGUGGAUUUGAUAGUUCUCAAAUUCUGUAUAGUGCAAAGUUUGGAAGCAGGUUUCCAUGUGCAAUGCAGUCUGUCAAGUGAUGUGAAAGGACAAAGACGCUUUGUACAAUAACUCUGGAUUACAGCGUUACUAGAUCAUUCAUUUGGUUCCAAGAAAUGGGUUGGAAUAAUAAUACAAAUAAAACAAAACAAGAACUGCCAUCUUCCUCUUUCAACUUCUCUCGGAGACAAAUAAAAUGUGUUUUAAUGGUUUACAACUUUUAAUUCCUGAAACACCAACAUGUUAGAACUACUAGUUUUGAAAAUAAGACAUUGAUUGUUGGACAUGGUCUGCUACACUGUGUAGUAUCUUAUAAAUAUGCUUCUUUUUUUUCAUAUGGAAUAAAAUGAUUUAUCACUAA